CCAGGCCAACUGGCCAAUGAGCCCAUUGCCGACUACAAAAAGCGCGUCCAUGCUCAGCUCGCUGCAAUCGAGGCUGAGGAACAAUGCCAGCUGGCAGUCAAGGCUGCCCAGCUACAGGCUGAUGAAGCGGCAACAGCAAAGAAGCUGCGGACAGGCCGAAGCAGACGCAGGUGCCCAGGCUCGCCGCAAGGAAGCCCAGGCUCUACUGCAGCGGCAUGAAGCCAACAACAUCGAGAAACUCAAGUACUGGCACUUUGAACCGAACGGCGACGAGCCAACACCAGAAGAACAUCAUAAGGAGUUCAUGGCCAAGCUCGUGAGCAGGUUGGUUUACACAUGUAACCACCUACACUCCGAGCUGGCAAACCUCCAGCGGGCCGUGCGGAAUCACAAGACUCAGCACGAGGAUGCCACACGGGCACUGGACGCCCGUGUACUGGGCCUGGAACAGGCUGUGCCUGGACCAGAUGCUGGAGCUUCCAGCAGUGCAUCCUCUAGCCGCCAACUGGAGGAAUGCGUUGACCACAUAGUGGCAAUGCUAGGAGACAUAAGUGCCUUCACAAAGCCGGCCACCAUCAGCCAGCGGUUCGAGUUGCUGGACACUAAGAUCAGUCAGCAACAGCAGACUGACCACAGCCACAACAACAGCUCGGCGAGGCCAUACAAGAUGCCGACGUUCCGGAUCGAGAAAUUUGAUGACUACACACAUCAAGACCCGGUCGUCUGGUGGCAAGGAUUUACAACGGAGUUGGGGAUUCACGAAUUCAACACCAAGGGAGGUUGUCAGAUCUGUCUCAGCCACAUGGCAACCAUCCACGGCGUCCAGGUUUCAGACCUGUACAAGGUCUCCUGGGAGGACAUGACAAAGGAAUGGAAGAAGCGGUUCAUUGUCGACGACGCCCCGACACUCGCCGUCAACCGCAUCUUCACGAUGGCUCAAGGGAGCACACCAACACGUGACUGGCUCACGGAUUGGCAGAAAAUCGUGGCAACGCCCGAUUUGGACUUGUCAUUUCCGCAUCUGCGGCGUGAGGCGACUCCACCUUCUACUCCGCCAGAUUCGAUCGCCUUGCUACCGGCCUCCUGCACGUCUAAGGAGAACGCGAAUGUCGCAAGUCCUCGGUACACUUACGAGGACUAUGCUGUCCACUUGGUUCCACCGCUGGACCAACCGCUCCACGUGCAACAAUCCAUCGCAUGCACGGUUUCAUCACCAUCGGCAACUGAUUCGGCAACGUCGCCGCAAUCUAUCGCUGGGGAUUCGACAUCAUGGUCAAGACUUGAAGAGCUCGACCCAUUGACGUUCAUGGACUUCCAGUGGAUGCCCGUUCCCUCGACCGGACGAUUGCCGAAACCGCAUUGCAACGUGCYCAUGGCACAAUUGCGGGAUUACUUGCACACUGCAGUACCAGCUCCGUUGAUGGACGCCGGAGCAGAGGUUGUCGACCUUCACGCUUACAUCGCGAAGAUCAGCCACGAGUUCAAGACGCAAUGGUACGACGACAUCGACGCACCAUUGCUAUACGUACGCAUUCAGAUUGGAGAGGCGACCUGCAGUGCCUUGAUCGAUUGCGGAGCAUCUCGCAACUACAUCAACCAGGAUUUCAUGGUGCGCGCCGGCCUUGGCCCACGCGUCCAGAGGAAGCCCCAGCCUACGCAAGUCACGUUGGCGGACGGUCACACGCACAAGUCAAUCGACCGGUGCAUUGACAACGUCCCAGUGUACUUUGCCCCUCACGCAAGUGAGGCGGUGUUCUUUGACAUUCUGGACACCAAAUUUGACAUGAUCUUGGGCAUGUCAUGGCUGCGAAGCGAGGAUCACCCGGUGAACUUCUUCCACCGCACCGUUCACAUUCGUGAUCAGAACGGGGUACUAGUUCCAUGCACGGUGCCUCUUCCUCAUCCUUCGAUCAGCUGCCACGUGGUAUCCGCCGCAACCAUGCGAGCUUCCAUCAUCAGAGACGACAUCGAGGAGAUGGGGGUGUGUUUUCUCCAUGCCCUCCUGCCCCAUGACGCUUCAUCGACGAACUCACCUUCGGAUCCACACAUCACCGAACUUCUCGACGCCUACAGCGACGUGUUUGAAGGCCCGCACGGAGUAGUACCGGAUCGACCCAUCCGCCACGAGAUCAUCCUCGAGGACGGGGCCGUACCUCCGCACGGUUGCAUCUACCGAAUGAGCGAGGAAGAGUUAAGUGUGCUUCGGGCACAACUCGACGACCUUUUGGAGAAAGGUUGGAUUCGGCCUAGCUCAUCGCCAUACGGUGCUCCUGUUCUCUUCGUCCGGAAGAAGAACAAGGACAUGCGGUUGUGCAUCGAUUAUCGCAAGCUCAACGCACAGACGAUCAGGAAUGUCGGCCCUCUCCCACGCAUCGAUGACCUUCUCGAGCGAUUGGGUGGCGCCCAGUUCUUCUCUAAGCUGGAUCUCAAGUCAGGGUACCACCAACUCGAGAUUCGCAAGGAGGAUCGCUACAAGACCGCGUUCAAGACACGGUAUGGGCAUUUCGAAUGGCUGGUCAUGUCGUUUGGCCUUACGAAUGCCCCAACCACUUUCCAAGCGGCUAUGACAACGGAGUUCCGACACAUGCUGGAUCGGUUUGUACUYAUCUACCUCGACGACAUCUUGGUGUAUAGUCGGAGUUUGGACGAGCAUGUGGAACACCUGCGCACCGUUUUGGAGCGGCUACGACAAGCCAAGUACAAAGCAAACCGCGACAAGUGCGAGUUCGCACAGCAGGAGCUGGAGUACUUGGGACACUAUGUGACGCCGCAAGGCAUCCGUCCACUUGCGGACAAGAUCGAGGCCCUACAAGUAUGGCCCGAGCCCACCAACACCACGGACGUUCGUUCAUUCAUGGGGUUGGCGGGCUACUAUCAACGAUUCAUCGCCGGAUACUCCAGGAUUGCUGCACCUAUGACGAGGUUACAGUCGCCAAAGUUGCCAUUCGUAUUCGAUGACGACGCACGUCGGUUAUUCCAAGCACUUAAGACGGCUAUGCUCAUGGCACCCAUCCUUAGCAUCUAUGACCCCACCCUACCGACGCGAGUGACUACGGACGCUUCUGGCUAUGGCAUUGGGGCAGUCUUGGAACAGCACGACGGCGACGAGUGGCACCCUGUGGAGUAUUUCAGCCACAAAGUGCCUCCCAUCAACUCGCUUGAUGAUGCAAGGGAGAAGGAGCUGCUCGCAUUCGUGAUGGCUCUCAAGCGCUGGCGGCACUUCCUCCUUGGGCGUCGUAGAUUCACAUGGGUCACAGACAACAAUCCAUUGACCUACUAUAAGACGCAGGACACGGUGAGCAGCACGAUCGGACGAUGGAUGUACUUAAUCGACCAAUUUGACUUCACACCGAAGCAUGUCCCCGGCCUCUCCAAUCGCGCAGCAGAUGCACUCUCGGGAAGACCUGAUCUUUGCGCUAUGACACAUCAUGCCUUCGCAUUCGACGAGGAGCUUCAGCGACACUUCAUCUGGGCAUAUCAGUCUGAUCCGGACUUCGGCACGCUCUAUGCACAACUAUCUUCGGAUCACCCGUCGGCCAGCCAUUACCGCAUUGCCGACGGGUACUUGCUCCUCCACUCGAGAGGCAAGGACUUACUAUGUGUCCCACGCGACCGUCGUCUUCGGACUCGCUCCUCGGCGAGUAUCAUGAUUCACGACUCGCCGGCCAUUUCGGAGUCAACCGCACUAUUGCACGACUUCGACAGCGAUUCCAAUGGCCCGACCUCAUUACCGAUGUCACUCGGUAUUGCGACUCUUGCGAAGUUUGCCGACUCAGCAAGCCCCACAACCGCAAUCCCUACGGCGAGUUACACCCGAUGCCUAUCCCACGGGAACCCGGUCUCUCCAUUGCCAUGGACGUCACCGACCUAUGGAUAUGGAGGAUCGUCAUCGGUGAUCAAAGCUCUUGCAGGCAUCAAGGUGGCCGCUCCCAAGGAGGAGGAGGCCCGUCCUCGCAGGGAGCCAGUCAAAGUCAAACUCCCUGAUUCCUACAGUGGGAAAAGGGAAGAGAACUUUGACAAUUGGGAGGCCAAUGUUAAGACCUAUGUGCAUUUGCAACAGGUCUCCCCGGAUCAGCAGGUCUUAAUUGCGAUCCAUGCACCUAGAGACGAGGCCGCCAGUUUCGCGAGAUCCCUUGUUAGUGCUGCCAACUGUAGUGACGAUCCAGUUGCGUACUCCUCGUUUACGUCCCUCAUUGAAUUCUUGAAGUUGCUGCGUGAGCGAUUCGCUGAUGUUGCCCAUAGUGUCAAAGCCUCAGAUAGGCUUCAGACAAUACACUCGCGCCAAUGGAAGAGUGCAAGGGCACUAAAGGGCACAAUGGAUGAGUUGGUGGCUGUUUCGGACCACAAGGUCACGGAAACCCAGUUGGUCAACCUUUUCUACCAGGCUAUGCCCAAAACGCUGCGUGGUCACUUCUUUGACAAGAGUCAGGACCCUGCUAUGACUUAUGAUAUACUUAGCAGGGAAGUGGUCGCGUUCGAGGCGAAGUCUGCGUCGAUUUCCACCUUCUGGCACAAAGAUUUAGACAAGUGCAAAAAGUGGAAGGGUCGCACUAUCUCAGGGCAAGUCAAAACCAAGGAUAGCCUUGUGCUCACUUUAGAUGAGGGUAGUGUGGACGAUAUCCCCUACGACCAGAUUGAGUGGGGGUUCGAGGAGUGUGGGCCAGGGGAGGACUUACGCUGCUGUCGCGGCUGGAGGGAGGCCGCAAGGAGGACGAGGCCAAGGCCAAGGGGGUCGGGCCUCAGGGAGUCGGUUCUAGGGCGAUCAGGGGGUUGGCGGCAGAGGAGGGAACCGCCAAGUGGCAGCUGCCCCGAGACUGCUUGUGUUAGAGUUUCGCUAGACACCUCCCUCAUAGGCGUGGCGGAAGAGUUGAAGGAGAGAAGGCCCGUCUGGGCCAAGAUGAAGAAGGAGAAUAAAGGGCAGCUGAUUUUAUUAGAUGCAGAAAUUUUUAGAAGUAGAGUAGGGGCCCUAGUAGACUUAGGGGCCACCUGCAGCUAUAUUAGUAAGCAAGCGCUGCAGAAGUUGAGGCUGGGACUUAAGGUCCAGAAACUGACAGACCCCAUAGUUAGUAUCCUCGCGGACAAUCGUACCAUGGUUGUAGAGGAUUACGUAGAGGGAGUUCAGGCGUAUUUUCGCCUAGAGAAAGAUGGGAAGGUGGAGAAGGUCCUCCACUCCCUGACUCUCCUCGUAGAGGACAGCCUCCCGUUUGAUAUUGUGUUGGGAAUGGAUUGGGGAGAGGCAGCCGGGGCAAUGCUCCAUCUGAAGGAGCACGAGUGUAGACUCCCUAGUUCUGCAGGCGAGGCUAAGACUGGCCGCCUGUUUCAUGUGUCAGGAGUAGAGAAUUCCUUGGCACAUUGCUGCCUUAGUUCCCCUGUGUUCGCUAGAUUGGUGAAGAAGGAGAAAUUAGAGGAACAGGUCUUUGUUGCCUAUGUUAGGCCCGUCACUGAGCCUACGGAAGAGAAGUCGGUGGACCGUGCGAUUGCCAAGCUGCUGGAGGAGUUUAAGGAUUUGACUGAGCCGCCGACAAAUACGGUGCCGCGGCCCAUCCAGCACCGUAUCGAGAUAGAGCCUGGCAGUAGAACUCCUAAGGGUGUUGUGUAUAGGAUGUYCCCGCGGGAGUUAGAGGAGCUUCGCAAGCAAUUAGACGAGCUCCUCGAGAAGGGUUGGAUUAGGCCCAGUUCGUCUCCUUUCGGAGCGCCUGUUCUCUUUGUUCCUAAGAAAGAGGGAGAGYUGAGAAUGUGCAUAGACKAUAGGGGUCUGAAUGCUAUUACAGUAAAGAAUGCYKWGCCACURCCUAGGAUMGAYGAUCUCUUAGAUCGAGUGCAGGGGGCUAAGUAUUUCUCUAAGAUAGACUURAAGUCCGRAUAUCAUCAGRUAGAGGUACACCCUGAUGAUCAGUAUAAGACAGCCUUUCGGACUAGGUACGGGCAUUAUGAGUUUAUAGUGAUGCCCUUUGGACUAACCAAUGCGCCAGCAACUUUUCAGCGGUGUAUGAAUUAUUUGUUUAGGCCGUGGUUAGACAUAUUCGUUGUAGUUUAUCUAGAUGACAUUCUAGUGUUUAGCCGGACCCUCGAAGAGCAUCAGGGUCAUCUCAGGCAAGUCUUGGAGAAGCUGAGAGAAGCUAACUUCAAGAUCAAUGCRAAGAAGUGCGAUUGGGCGAAGACCCAAGUUUUGUAUUUAGGCCACGUCUUAGACGGAGACUGUGUUAAACCAGAAGAUAGCAAGAUCGCAGCGAUUAGAGAUUGGCCCACGCCACGUACGCCGACAAAGUUGCGCUCGUUCCUGGGCUUAGCGAAUUACUACAGGAAGUUCGUGAGGAACUUCUCCACCAUCGCUGCGCCCCUUCGCAGAUUGCUGAGAAAAGAGACAAGCUGGAAGUGGGACAAGGACUGCACGUCUGCCAUGAAGAAGCUAAAGCAGGCGUUGAUAGAGUAUCCGGUCCUUAAGGUCGUCGAUCCGUCCUUGCCUUUUGUCGUUACUACGGAUGCUAGCCAGUACGGCAUAGGCGCAGUGUUACAGCAAGACGAUGGCAAUGGCUUUAGACCCGGUGAUCCAGAGUGCGAACAACAUACUGAGACAAAUGGACAGACCGAGCAGAUGAACAAGCUGCUGCAGCAAGUGCUGUGCAUGUACAUCCGAUCAGAUCAGAUUGACUGGGAUGAACAUCUACCGAAGGUUGCAGGUGCCGAUAAUAACUCUGUGCAUCUAGCUACGUCUAGAACACCUACUGAACUGCAUCUUGGAUGGUGCCCUCGUAGACCCAUCGACUGUCUGAACCCUGAUCAAGUGCAGAGACUUCCGCCAGGGACUAGGGAAUUUGCUAUUCAGUAUCAGAAAGACCUAGAAAAGGUUAAAGAGAACAUUAACAAGGCACAACAUCAGAUGAUAGAACAGGCAAAUAAGCACCACAGGCCUUCACAAUUCACUGUGGGAGAUUUGGUCUGGGUGAAGUCAAAAGAGUUUCUCCCUGAGGACAGUGAGGAGAACAUUUCCCAGAGAUUGUUGCCUGCUUAUAGAGGGCCGUGGCAGAUUCUUGAUGUGAUUGGUGAUGUGGAUGGUCCUUCCUACGUUGUUGAGAUUCCUCCACAUUUGCACACUUAUCCGGUGUUUCAUGCAUCAAAGUUGCUUCCUUGCGUUAGUAAUGAGCUGUUCCCAACUCGCAGAUCUAUGAUUCCCCCGGAUAUGGAUGGAAAAUAUGAUGUAGAUUGGAUUGUUGGGGAAGACGUUUACAGAUCUGGGUGCAGGGGUAGACCACAGCGGCAGGAUAAGUGCCACGUCAGCAACAGUGCCACGUCAGCAACAGUGCCACGUCAGCAACAGUGCCACGUCAGCAGUGCUACGUCAGCAACAGUGCCACGUCAGCAACAGUGCCACGUCAGCAACAGUGCCGCGUCAGCAACAGUGCCACGUCAGCAGUGCCACGUCAGCAACAUGACGGGCCCGACUCUGGGCAUGCCAGGCCAAUUGGCCAACGAGUCUAUUACCGACUACAAACAGCGGUUCCAGACUCAGCUAGCACUGAUCGAGGCCGAGGAACAGCGCCAGCUGGCCGCCGAGGCUGCCCGCCUACAGGCUGAAGCAGCGGCAACAGCUGAGAAGCAGCGGCUUCAGGCCGAAGCAGAUGCAGAUACCCAGGCACGCCGCAAGGAAGCCCAGGAUCUGCUGCAGCGGCAUGAAGCCACCAGCAUCGAAAAGCUCAAGUAUUGGCACUUUGAACCAUCUGAAGAGCACGACAACGCGACACCGGAAGAGCAGCACAGGGAAUUCAUGGCCAAACUCGUGACUCGGUUGGUUUACACUUGUAACCACCUGCAGUCCGAGCUGGUGAACAUGCAGCGGGCCAUGCGGAACCACAAGGCUCAACAAGAGGAUGCAGCACGGGCACUUGACUCCCGUGUACAGGACUUGGAGCAAACUGCACCGAGAUCGGAGGCUGGCGAGUCCAGCAGUGCACCCUCUGCCCGCCAACUGGAGGAACGCGUCGAUCACGUAGUGGCAAUGCUAGUUGACACUGUUUUCAGACGUCUUGGAGAGGUAUCUGAUGAGUUCCAGGGGGCUCUGUCAAAGGCAACAACUGGAAUCAGGAGACGGUUCCGAGAUCCAGGGGUUGGAGGGGAGCAUUCUGCGGGACGCUUGGCUGGGGUGUCACGUCCUCGGCAUGAUGAAAAAGGCCGUGCAGUGGGCAUUGCUCAUUACUCGACGACAGGGAACUUGCUCGAGGGACAGGUGAUUAUCCACAGGAGCAAGACGUUAUGCCUGGAUGGAAGUAAUGGGGAGGAGGCUGUAAUACAAGGUCAUGGAGGUGGGGUUGAGGGAAAUGUUGAGCCACUCACAGGUUUGGAAAUACCGGGCAAGGCAGCAUUGGUGCUUGAAGAUGACGAUAAUCAUACAGAGAGGUAUGAGUGUCAGAUGGAUGGAGAAGGUGUAGGAGAAUCUGAGGCGUAUCCACCAAAAGAAACAAGAGCAACGGAAUCAGUAUUUUCACAACAUGAAGCAGAGGCAGAGGGAUCAAUGUUUUCAUCAGAAGAUGAAGAUUCUAUUCCGCCAGAGUGGAAUGUGUCCAAGUUGAGCGUUCCUCUGCUGAAUCUUGUCGAUGAGAUCUUUGAGCUCCAUCAGCAUGGCUGGAUCAGGCGUCAGGUCUUUUGGAUAGCGAGGCACGUUCUUGAGCUGGCGAUGGGAGAUGCCAUUGAUGACUUCAUCCUUGCAAAAAUUCAAUUGCUUCGGCGGGAAGAUGUGAUCGCUGCUGCAAUAAAGUGGAUUCACAAGAUGCUUUGGCCAGAUGGUAUCUUCUUUUCGGAUCACCCAGACAACAGACCUUCUCCGUACCCAGCAAUUGUUCCAAACCCAGCUUAUGUGCCUCUGUCAGGCAGAAGCUCACCUCGACGGCUGGAGAGGAAUGGUCCACAGGUGAAGAAACCUGAUGGCGAAGGAAAAGGAGCUGCACGCAAGCAAGGGAAGUCUUCACAGCCAACAUUUCAGGAAAAGCUUGAAGCAGCGAGGAAAGCCGUGCUUGUCAAAGAACUUUUCGUCGGUCGGCCACCUACAUCACUAUCCAGUUUGAUUGGCAGCAAGCAAUACAAGAAGUGUGCAUUGGAUGCCUACCAUUUCUUACAGUCGCCAGUUUGUGUUCGGCAGUACGCUUAUGGUCUUUUGGAGAUUGUACUUCUGGCUGUCUUCCCUGAAUUACAUGCACUCAUUCAGGAUGUUCGCAGCGGUAUUGCUUGAGGGAUGAUAUAGCAUCGCUAUUGCUUGAGAGAUGGUACCGCAACGGUGUUGGUCGAGAGGUGAUACAGCAUGUUUUUGGUGGUCACGUUUGAGCAGCUGACAGUGGGAUUUGUUUGUUGAAGGCCAAAGAGAAUUGAGAAGCAAUAAAAAAAUAGACCUUUGGCAAGAGAAGAGGCAGUCUUGGGCAGGUUGGUGGUUACUUUUCGUCGCUCUUCAAGUGGCCUCUUUUGACCCCCCCCCUCCUCCUCCUCAUUCCCUGACUUUCCUUCACUGCUUUUUAUCCUCCAAGUAGUUUAGGUUCUGCUUUUAGUGAUGGUAGGAGGGGUCCCAGAAUGCAUGAGGUGCAGGUCCUGAUGUAUGGGGCUAGAAUACACUGAGAAUUGCAAUGUGGAGUGUUGGCCGUAAGGGUAUUGCUUUUUCCUUUCUCAAGAAUGACAACCCUUAUUCUUGCAUGCUUCAUCCAUGUGUUGGUUUCCCUGGCAGCUCUCCUAUUUUGUGUCCACUAAGUUUUAUUUGUCUGCCAACAACUUCCGAUGUCCUUUUCUAACAGAUGGUAACUGUAUGAUUUUUCUUCUCUGUUUUUCAAUCAUUAAAAUCCCUACUUGUCGCUGGAUGAAUUCGUUGCUUCAUCUUCUGAUCUUCAAGUCAGAUUCCCAGCUCUUGCUUUGCUCCUCCUCUGUGGUCGAUACGUUGCAGCGUAGGUGACCCCUUGUUGAUUAGCACUUUUGCACUUGGCCGAUGGACAAGAGAGCUAACAGUUUGUCUCAUGAAAUCUCUACCUGUCGCUGCAUAAAUUCGUUGUUUGAUCCUCUGAUCUUCAAGUCAGAUUCCCAACUCUUGCUUUGCUCCUCCUCUGUGUUCAUGUCAUGAAAUGGAAGGCACAAAAUCAAUCAAGUCUCUUGGGUUAGGCACAAAGCGCAUGGAAAAGUAUACCGUAGAAGGAUACACCCGAGACUCGUUCUCUGCCGAGCCCCUAUCAAGGAGCUUCCAUACGUUGCAGCGUAGGUGACCCUUUGUUGAUGAACGCGUUUCACUUGGCCGAUGGACAGGUUUGAUAGCUAACAGGUCUUUCUGUCAAAUCUUCAACGGCCUUCUCCGGAUGGCAAACGCUCCCACCUUUUAUGGGAAGCAGAUCGUGUGAGUACCUAUUUUGGCCCUUACAAAUUUCUCUUCCUCCUCUGCAUGCAUAUAAUAAUAGAAUGGUAAAUUGUUAAUAAUGCUAUAACAAGAGUACGUUGUCACUGAUAUUCGGUUGACGAGGUCGUUUAGCCAGCACGACUCCUGUUUCGGGGGGACGUCAUUCCCCACCUGUGUUGGUGCAGAUAGUGAUUGCUUAUAUGUCUCCUGAGAUGUUGUACUAGUGUAGAGUUGAGCAAACUCUGUAGUUAUUUGUGGCUUGCUUUAAGCGGUCUUGCUGUUAGAAACUUAGCAUGACAUGAACUUUUCCACCUCCUGACUCUUGUUCUCAGGCUUUGUUAAUACGUCUCGACUCUCGAUUCUUCAAAUGUUAUUCAGUAAGUAAUCAAUCAGGAACUGUGGACCUAUGGUUAUCUUAUCUUCUUGCUGUACAUAGGCAUACGCAUUGUUGUGGUAUAUCUCUUGAAUACAUGUCCGCAUUCAUCGCUUACGUAGAGCUUGGGCAAAGGAGAGAAAGGGAUGGUUGGAUGGUUUGUGUCACCCACCGCUCCUCCCCGUCUAUGCCCCGUUCAUUUAAGAUUUUCUUUUUUCUCCUUCCACCACCUUUGAUCACGCGUAUUGAAGCGAUUAUCGACUAUUUUAUUUGUUGAAGAACAGGGAAAUGUUUCGUUAAUCCACAGAUCCACGACUGUGUGCACUCGCCACAUUUUAUUCUCAGCACUGUGAAUGCCCAUGCAAUACCACUUUUUGGGGAAGCGAUGUGGUGCCCUCUGCUCCUCCUCCUGUCUCACACAGUCGAUUCCCACCCAUCUCUAUUAUUUUUUGUGAUGUUUUGGUAGUAAAGGCGUCUACUAGAAGGUUCUGCCUUCAGAAGUUUGCAGUGGUGAGUCAGUCGUGUAUGCAACUCAGCACAGCGCGCAUCAAGGUGCUCUCAGCAAUGUGAUGGUCAUUGGUGUUGCUGAACUUCGGUUUCGGCAAAAGGAAGCUCAAUGUCAUCACACAUUAUAGUAGUCUCAAGUUGCUGUCAAAGAUCAUUCUGAGUUCGGUCGUCCUUCUAGCUAACUCCAUCUGGCACCUUGAAGGCCGAACAGGUAGAUACCGAUGGGUAGUUUUGUCAUACGCGCCCAAGGAUGCUCUGAUUGGAAAGGGCAUGCGCGAAGACUUGGCAGCCCUCAUGAACUCAAAACGAAGUCUCUCUGGUCACACAGCUUGGCAGGUAUGCAUGCUCAGACAGGUACGCCACGGGCCUUCCGGUGUGAUGGUGGGUCAUUGAACACAGGUCGGUCACCCUAUCUGUCUCAACUUGACUGUGGGGAAAGUGGUCAACAUUUUUGUUUGUUUUUUUGAGACAUCAUGGUGCUUGGUUUCCCCUCCCCUUUCUUGCUUCCAGGUCUAGUUUCUUCCAUCUGAAUUCUAGUCUUUGAAUUAGCACGUCCCUGUAAGGCGGAGUAGCCAUGUGGUUGAAGCAAGCACCAGGAGUAUGAAUCCAUCAUGGCGGUUGGUCUACCCCCGCUCUCUAUGUUUCGGUUUGAUAAGAUUGUGAUGUGUGGAGCUUCUUUUUUAUAUUGCAUUCCAAUACCCAACACUGUUAUCCGAACUUCUUCACGUUUAUGAAUUGUGAUGCGGCUAAGGAUUAUGGAUGGUGCUCUAGUCUAGGGAAGUAGAGCCAUCGUUAAUUGUGGGCUUGGUGGGCCAUGGAUGGUGCUAAGAUGAGAAUUGGUAGUCUGCGGAGGUUCAGAGGAGAAGGCAGUGGCAAUCACAGUUGUUCUGAAAAGGGCAUGUAUUUAUCCUGGGCAAUGUCAGCAUGGGGGGUGGUGUGGCUUAAUGCCACUACUGUGUUUGUCUUGUCUUGUUUGCUACUGAGUUGGUAUGUCUACUUUGUGGGAACCCAGGGUACCUACAGCAACGGGAGAACACUUGACUGAGUUCUGAACUUUUGUCCCUUCAGAUUUCGCUUUGUGAUGCAAUGUUUGCCAGGAUUAUGUGCAGUAUAGCAGAUGUUUUGGCGAAACUUGCCGAAACUCUGAAAAUUUAAAAAUGUAAGUUAACAGUUAACUAGCAUUUACUUUA